AUGAUGGCUUCAGACCAUGGAAUUGGUCCCCGCAAGAGGCGAAGGAUCAGUCCUUCAGGGACUAUGCCUUAUGUGCUGAGGUCCCUCUUCGAGGAUGUCCCGUUGGCAACCGAGCAUAGCUCCGAUGUCUACAUCACUUGCGUUGAAUACUGGAAUGAAAAUCUAUACAUCGGUACAUCUGCAGCCGAGAUCCUGCACUUCGUAUGUCUUCCGCCAGCUUCCCCGGACGAGUCCAAUGAACCCACCUUUAUACUGGCUUCCCGAUUACCUAUAUUAUUCGCCCACAGCCCUCCAGCGGAAAGUGACCAACGAGGCGUCCGACAAAUAGUUAUCUUAUCCUCUGUGGGCAAGGCAUGUGUUCUUUGCAAUGGCACUGUUACAUUCUACAUGCUGCCAGAGCUCAGCCCAGCCUUUGGAACUACAAAGGUCAACCAGUGCCGCUGGAUCGGUGGUUUAGAUCUCAACCGGGAUGCAGAAGAAGAGGAAGACCCGACAUUGAUGAUCGCUGUGCAGAAUAGGAUGAUGUUGGUCCAGAUUGGAGACGAGGCGCGCCGGAUCAAGAAGAUCGAGUUCCCCGGUUGCUUGGUAGCGGCACGACGAGGAACCAUUGCCUGUGCUGCUGAUGCACAUUCGUAUUCAUUGCUUGAGGUGGCGCACCAGCAGAAGAUCCCCCUCUUCCCUAUCUCCUCUUCGAGUGAGGUCUUCGAGUCGGGACAUGUUGAAGACAUGAACCCAGCACCACCGACUCCACUCAAGCGUUCUCCCUCUUCUUCAUAUCCAGAUUCAUCACCGGUUGACCCCCGCGGACAUGGCCGAAGCAGCAGUGCAAAUACCUUUGUGGGGAUGCUCUCACCGCAUGCACAAGGAGCUCAGAUAGACAGAUCGCCGUCAGGGACACCGGAUCCUUUCACAUCUAGUGGAACCCUUCGAAGAUCGAGCUCGGAAGAGCGUGAAGGUGGAAGUUCUCCCAAGCCUGAAAAUCAAGAACCAGACAACCACUCUCCCAGCAACGACAGCUUGAAGCCAUUACCGCCUGUACCGCCACCAACGAAGCAUAGCUCGAAGCGUCUGCAGCCUCAUGUAGUGUCCCCGACACCAUCAGAGUUCUUACUAGUCACCGGAACUGAAGCAACUGAACCGGGUGUUGGAAUGUUCGUUGACAUGGAUGGCGAAGUGGUUCGCGGCACAAUCAACUUCCAUCGAUUCCCAAAGUCAGUUGUAAUUGAUACCGGUGAAAGUGAUCAAAUAUUCCAACCAAGUGAAGAUGCGAAAGAAGAAUUCAUUCUCGCUGUCAUUGAAGACGACGAAGAAGGAGAGUCUCGAACUCGACUUGAAAUCCAACGCUGGGAUGAUGACCCAGGCGAGAUCGAGCGGAACAAGAGAUGGAUAGAUCUUCCGUCACCGGGAGAAGACCAAACUAUUCAAGUUGGUCUCAAGCACACACUCAGCCCCAGCCAUCUCGAGCUAAAUGAGAUCGGCAAGCUGCUACAAAUGGUCCGCCUCAAAACACCUCUAUUAUCACCUCAUGUUCCAGUGGCAGACCCAAGAACACACGCAUCUAUUGAACAGCUUCAGAAAGAAAAGGAACUGUUCGACCCACAAGAUUUGACGGACUCCGAGGGACCGAAAAAAGGCUCACGCUCAUCAGAGCAAACCUGGGAGGAUCAACGGAAUGCCGAAGAAGCAAAGUUCGCACAUGGACUGGGUAAGGCUCAGAGCAGCCUCAUCUUGUGGUCUGGUUCACAAAUAUGGCGUGUUCUACAGAACCCUUUGGUAGUCCAACUCGAGGGCACUCUGCAAAAGGCCCAGGAGACAAACGAAAGCGACCAUACGGUGCUGCAGAGAGACGCUGUCUUGGACUUGCUGCUAUCAAUUCAGGACACAGAGCCAAAGACUGAAGCUGAAUUCAUUGGGCUCAGCUACGUGAAACAAAAGGCAUGCCUCUUACUCUAUGGAGACCUUCUCUCGAUGCAGCCGAACGACCGUAGCGAUUCAGCAAUCAAACAGACCGAACAAGCAUUGGUGGCUGGAAACCUUGACCCUCGCCUGGCCUUGCUGCUUAUUCCCCUGCUGCGAUGUGAAGUGCUACAAGGCCCACAGGGUAUAUGGAUACACGCCGGAUUGGCAUCAAUGGCGGUCAAGUACACACAGCAAGUAGGGAAAACGGGCGUUGAAACCUCGGGUUUGGAUGCUUCCCGCAGCCCAGUUCUUAACAUGGUGAAGCGCUUCCUCUUGUCUUGGCAACAAAAGCGAGGAUAUGGCAGUAUUACCGAUGAAUCCUAUGUGUUGGAUAGCACGGAUGCUGCACUAUUGCACUUGACCUUGGAACAAGAUGCCUACCUCACCCCUGACCAGCGUGCAGCGUCACCUCUUCGCUCCGAGCUGAACAAGCUGGUUGAUAACUGGAAGGGCAACUUCGAUCGGGCAGUGAUGCUACUUGAGACAUACAAGCGGCUGUAUGUGCUGAGUCGUCUAUAUCAGAGCCAAAAGAUGUCUCGGAAUGUGCUCAAGACCUGGCGGAGAAUUGUGGACGGGGAGACGGAUGCCGGUGGUGAGGUCUCCGCAUCUGGCGUAGAAAUGCAGAUGCGUAGAUACUUGGUGAAGAUCAAGGAUGCUCAACUGGUCGAGGAUUAUGGCGCUUGGCUGGCUGGGCGAAAUCCCGCCCUAGGUAUCCAGGUAUUCGCGGACAAUGCUAGCCGGGUUAGGCUGGAGCCAGCAGAUGUUGUUUCUUUGCUCAAAGAGCGAGCUCCCAAUGCUGUUCAGGUCUACCUGGAGCAUCUGGUGUUUGCCAAGAAUUACACACAAUAUGCCGACGACCUGAUCUCAUACUACCUGGACACAGUGAUGUCCGUACUCGAGUCAUCCCCAGAAGCACGAGAAUCUCUAGCCGAUUCCUACUCAACCUACCGGGCCCUACGUGCCCCAAAACCAACAUACCUAAACUUCAUCACGGAAAACACACCCGCAGAACCGUGGUGGCAGUCCCGCCUCCGCCUCCUCCAACUCCUAGGCGGAAUCUCCAGCUCCCAAUUCUCAUCCCAGCCCCUAUCAACAGGAAUAAGCUACUCAGUCCCAGCCGUCCUAACCCGCAUUGAACCAUUCCAAAACGAGCUCGUCUCAGAAUGCAUCAUCCUAGACGGCCUCCAAGGCCACCACCGGGCCGCCCUCCGCCUCCUAACCCACGGCCUAGGCGACUACGACUCCGCAAUCCGCUACUGCCUCUUCGGCGGCCCACGCAGCUCCAGUUCUUCAACAGGAACACCACCAGACCUAGCAGAACACACCCUACAAUCCUCCCUUUUCCGCCACCUCCUAGACGAAUUCCUCCAAAUCAAAGACCUAUCAGACCGCAUCGAGCGCACAAGCGAUCUCCUCGCUCGCUUCGCGGCCUGGUUUGACGUCCGUGAAGUCCUCGAGCUCGUACCGGAGGACUGGAGCGUCGAUAUCUUAGGCGGUUUCUUCGUGCAUGUCUUCCGAACUCUCGUUUCGCAGACGAGAGAAUCACGCAUCGAGCGGGCCCUCAGCGCUGGUCUUAACUUGCGUAUUGGUGCUGAAUAUAUCGAUGGUAUGGAGAAGGUUGGGCCUUGGGUUGAAGAAGCCGAAGGCGUGAGACGGUUGAAGGAUCAGCCGAAAGAGGUUUCUUCGCUGGCUGGUGCUGGUGCUGGUGCUGAUGCUGAUGCCGACCAUGACUCUGAGUUUGGGGAGACGGUGGAGCCUGGGGAUGUGGGCCAGUAA